GGUGGUGGGGGAGAGAGGAGAGCAUCUCUUAGAAGAGUUUCUUCAUCGUGUUAUGAACCAAGGACCGCACAGUCCGCGCCGACGUCACAGAGACGCGCCUUAAAGCUGAGACGCGCCUCACGGUGGGAUGAAUGGUUUGAUCAUAAGGCACGCAGACGCUGUCGUCGGAUCGUAGCCCGUCACUACAGAGCGGAAGCUGCAGCCGCAGCUGCCAGGACACUGAUGGUGACACAGCAGGCAGGUGGAGAACUUACUUCUUGGACUGUGUGACUGCGUAGUCUUAAAAAAAAAAACAGAACCGUGCGUAAAGGUCCGCGCGUCUCCGUUUGGAUGGAUGGAGUGAAAUGCGGGUUUUUACGCAUGGAAAGUUGAUCAAGGAGAACUCGAGCAAACGUUACAGAGCCGCGUGUUUUCCUCUCCUGUCUCCUGUGAUUUUGUGAUUCGAGCCAUGGCUUAUUCUCAGCUGGGAUACUCCUGUCCAACCACACCACAGUUCCUGACGACCUCCAACUCUCUGGUUGGUUGUCUAGACUCGGCAACUUUUCCGUCUCACGCUGCGCUGCACUCCCCGGGUCACCAGGUCACCAACGGCCCCGGCGUCGGAGUCUACAGCGGCCCGUAUGUGAAGAGCCAAGGCUACUACAACACACGGCCAAGCGAUGCCUCGGCUCUUUAUUCCAGAGGGCCGCCGGAAGCCACGGAUGGAGCUUCAUCUGUGUAUGUGGAAACAUCUCAGGGUGCUGCCUACUACCCCUAUGAACACACCUUUGGACAAUAUACUAAUGAAAAAUAUGGGUAUUCAGGCUCAGAUAGUGCUUCGCGCCGUAAGAAUGCAACGCGGGAGACCACCAGCACCCUGAAGACCUGGCUGCAGGAGCACCAGAAGAACCCGUACCCCACGAAGGGAGAGAAGAUCAUGUUAGCCAUCAUCACCAGGAUGACCCUCACACAGGUGUCCACGUGGUUUGCCAACGCACGCAGAAGGCUGAAGAAAGAGAACAAGGUCACAUGGUCGCCGAGGGCCUCUAAGGGGUCAGACGAUCGAGGGUGUGACGAUGACAGCGAUGAAGCUGAGAAAACAUUUGACACGCGCGAUGACACCGAGCGGCCUGAACAGCAGAGUGCAGGCCUUCAGAGUGAUCUGGAAGACUUUGACCUGUUGGAUUCGGACACGUCUGACAGCGAACCGAAGCCGCGAUUCUUGCCUGAGGACGAGGACGCAAACCCGAACUCGGACUUCGUAGAGAUGGAACUCGCGCGACAAACUUCCUCAAACCGUAACGAGACUUCAACGCUGACAGCAAUUCAGUACCAGAACGCCCCCUUCUAUCCAAAUCUAGACAUUGAAAACGCAAACGCUUUAGAUGCUAGCGAGCAUCCAGAAUACCCGUCCUGUAUGUUGUCAUCCACCGGAUCCUCCUCGCCUGUCUACCCGCUAAGCAUGGCGCUGACGAAGGUCGAGAGGCGGCAGGAAUCGCCAGUUGCUACGCUUAGAGAAUGGGUGGAUGGAGUGUUUCCCGGGAAUGAUGACGCAAAACAAAAGACCUGAUUAAUCCUGAAAAAUCCGCACGGUCGACAUCUACCGUGACGUCCAGACCAUGGCGUUUUAAAGAUAUUAAAAACUGCUGCACUGCAUUUGGUCGAUGUGACCAUUUGACUCUUUGCUAAACGAUUUCCUUUCACAUCAUGCGAACCUUUCUGUAACGUACACUGCAACUAAAGGACGCAAAGUCCUUUUUAUAUUCAGCGUAAAAGGGGCUAGGUUUACGAAGUCCACCGCCUACUGUGUUACGGGGUUACGUCGCCAUCUACCAAAAAUGUAUUCUGAAAAGUUCGACAUAUGGCGUUAAAACUGUUACAUCGUAACACAGCGCUAUACGCCCCAAGAUGGCUUUGUUUACAUUUGCCAGUUGUGCUACAUUCACUUGCUUCAGUUUUUGUUGUUUUGUUGUGGGAAUUUUCUGCCCUUCAUUACGACUCCCAGGCAUAAGUCAGUACUCUUCUAAUGUUUUACGUUUUUGAUUACGAUGUUGCCGCUGCGUUAGCGCAGGCGAGUGACAUAGCUACUUAUGUACAGCAUGUGUGUUACAACCUAGCUACGUACUCCGACGUAAGUCGAGGACCCUCUGUAUUCAGACACUUGUGUAACUAUACGCAAUUUCAACGUUUUGCUAUACACACAUACACGUUAAAAAAUACACAGUCUUGCAGACUUGCACUUUCGCUAACACCUGCACCGCAGUAAAAUGAAGGGUGUAUUCUUUAGCAUGACGAAGCGUUACCGUAUCACUACGCUACAUUCUACCGCUAUCAGUUUAAAUGUUAAAUGCUGUUGAUGAAUAGUGUGAUAUACCGUGGGUGUGUUUGUGUUUUGAGAAGGUGAAGGGGGAGUUGGUGGUAGUCGGCCGUGACUAAUGGAAACACACAGAGGAGGCUACUGCUAAAUUGUUAAAUCGAUGCCUCUUCCACUUCAGCGCCAGAUAGAACCGCAAUCAGCGAUGCGUCCCUUUUCAUUAGGAAGCUUUUGACUCGGUCAACCUGGGACUGCGAAACGGUCCCCUGUAUAGGAAAUACUUUAAUAAACCACCAAAGUACUUUUAUGUACCAAUGUCUAAGUGAGUAUGUAUUUCUGGCAUGCGAUACGAAAACAAAAAAUGUUUCAAAGACACAAUGUUUUGUCAUAGAAAUGUUCAAAAUAACACAGAAAAGUGCAGUGACAUGUUUUGGCCACUGUUUUUUUUCCAGCUAUUUUAUUUAUUUAUUUUUUUAAAUUAAGGAACGGUGAUUAAGUAUUUAUCAGAACAGAGGAAAGAUUUGCCUGGGCUUUGUAUGGAAUUGACAAUUUCGGAUUAAAUAAUUCAGGACAAAUUCAACCGAGAAUUCCAUUCUUUUUCCCGCCUUAUAAAUAAGUAAAAUUUAAAGUGAUAAAUAAUGACAUCUCGGUGAAGUUUUUGGUCCUUUUGUUCCUUCUGUGCUCCCAUGUUAUGUCUCGAAACUCAUUUUCUCAUAUCAUACACUUUAUUUAUGAAAAUAAAGCCAUGCCAUGUACGAGCUGCAGCAAAACAUAUUUGUUGAACUUAGGUUUUAAACAGUGACAAAUUUAAGAAUAAAAGCUAAAGAUAUUAUUAGUCACUGAGAAAAAUAUCUACUUUUUUUAAAUGCCGUAUGUUGACGAUAAAGUAUUUUUUAUAUGUUAUAUACUGCAUAUGUAAGUUCAAAAAUACUGCAUG